CCGGCCAGGAGUUCGCGAUACGCGUGUGCCGCGCGCGCUGUCCACGCGAGCUUACGGCGUCGUUCCCGCUUCUCAAACGAGUUGGUUCGUUAUGACAUGAGCUGACUUAGUCAGCUGUCAAAUCGAUCCGAUUGUAGGUGAGACCGACGGAUGUCAGUGACGGUUAUCAGUUAUCGAGCAUGUUAAAAAAUAUGUCAAUUGAAUUUGAAGAGUCAGACAAGUGUAUGUGUGAUGCGUAUUGUAACGCAUGUAAAGUUGGUUCUAAGUGCAAUCAGCGUGCUCAAAUUUGAAUAUGACACUUGCGAGGAAUCGAACUUGUAAUUAAAGAGGGAAAUGUUUGGUGAUAAGAGAUCCUACGAUUUUUUGAGACAAACAAUCUUGUGAAAAUUGUGAAAAGUUGAAGAAAGGUGCAUGACGGACAUUGUAACGGAAGCGAUUGAUUUAAGGAGGUCAUCAUAUCACAUGUAACAUUCAAACAGACUUGUAGAACAGUGAAGAAAUCUACAAUCUCUCGAGAAAAAUAUUGCAUCUACAUCGAAAAUUGUGUCAAUUAUUUCUUGAAUUUAUAAUAACUUUAUGCGAUUUUGAAGAGUGCUCGUGUGAAAAUAGACUAUUUAUAUGCUAAAGACUGAUUAUAGACAUUGUAAUAAGUCCAGUUUGCAAUGUGAAAAAUUUGUUCAAUAAAGAAUUGGUGGAACUCCACUUUAUAAUAUUUACAUGACUUGUAGCGUCACUUAAUGAUAGCGCAUUUAAUUCUUGGUCACUAAAAUUUUACUCAAUAAUCCUUGUAUGUUCCUGUAAAAAUCUCAGUAAGUUGAUAAACCUGUCAAACCGCAUAGUGUCGACAGAUGGAAGAUUUUUGACAUCGCUAUUGUCCUCUGUUAUUACAUUACGUCGAGCGUCAUCUGUUCCUUCCGCUACUCCGAGGCUGAAAAUAAUUGCGUGAAGACGGCUCUUUUUAGUUCACAGCGGACAAGGACGAAAGAAUCGUUUUGUUUCAAAUUGACGAUUCUUAAAAAAAAACGUUAUACUUUUGGGAAGAUAAAAAUACUAAAAUUGUUCGCAAACCAAACAGGAGUGACCAAGAAGCUAUGUUAAAUUACAUACGUAAAUCAUUCAGAGUGAAAAAGUUCAUUGAUCUUACCGGGUAAAAUGCACGUGUGCACGUGAGCGCGUGUUUAUAAAUCUAACAGGAGCAGUUUUCAUGCGAUGCGCGCGCGAUUCGAUGCCUACAAUGACAUGCGCUUCUGAUAACACGCUCGUUACCUGCCGACGGACCCGAUAAUGCACAAUAUUAUUGUUAAUGAUAGCUGUGCGUUUAAAAGUAUUUUGAACAACGCCAACGCUUGUUCCCACCUGGAGAAAAAAAUGCGAUGCGACCGUUGACAGUCCGGUGUGAUUAUCGGAUUUAUCGGAUUGUGAAAAAAUACGAGGAAACGAUUCACGUGAUAACGCGUGGGAAAGUAUCAGAGUACAACGUAAAAAAUACCAUCGCCGGAUAUUCAAAGAUAAUCGAUCUCUAGGACUGUGGGGGAAAAAAGUGCAAUCGAUAACGUCGAAUAUAUGCGACGACAUGAUAUGUGAUCACUAUAUUUAUCUAUCUGUGAAAAAUAGCGUAGCGUACUCCAAUUGAAGUUAUCAUCAAAUUCCUGGAGAUGUUGCGACGAACAGAUGAUAGUCUGUUAUCUAGACUAAUAAGUGCUUGAUACGCGUUGCGACUAAAAAUAAAGAUAAAAAGAGAAGAACAGUCUUUUUAAAAAAUUAAAGUUGUAUCGCGUUGAAUUCCAUUCUGUAUGAUUGUGAUAAUUUAAAGAAAAAAUUAACAAGUGUCGACAGAAAUCGAGAUCCAAUUGUCAAAAUCCAUUGCAUCACAAGAUUAUGUUAUCGAGUUCGUCUAAUAGGAACUGCAAAUGAAAACUUCCGAGUAACAAGUGCUCCGUUGAAUAUUGCAUUUUAAGUAUCAUCAAACUAGCCAGGCGAGAAUAAGUAUUUAUGACUGAGAAAAUUAAGGAAAAGUGUGAAGAAUUUAUAGAUAUUUUCGUGAAAGAUAUUGAUUUGUGUCGUUAAUGAGGCCACGUAGACGAAGAUGUGGACGACAACGUCGGCGACGAAGACGACACGAUUUCAAUAUGUAUGAUGAAAGAAUGUGAGAUAGCGAUAUCCCCCCGCUGUUCGCUGUUAUCGACGAAAAUCGUGUGAAUAUCGACAAUGGACCUCAGUACGACGCCCAGAAGAGCCACGGAGGGCGUCGGUGAUCUACAGAAGACUAGAGUGGCGAAGAGCGUCUUCAGUAUCCGCAGCCUCGUCGAUGUCGAAGAAGCGGAACUUCCCUUGCAAGAUGACGAAUGCUCGCCAAAUCAUUCGUCGCGAGGAGGCAGCGAGCAGGCCGUCCCGCAGACGAGUCCUGCAAGCAGCACGAGCAGCUCGAGUCAGGUAAUUCAGGUGAGCCAGCAGGUGAGCCAGCAAUCUCACCCGCAGUCUCACCAGCAAUCGACGCCUGCAUCAACGACGACUACGCCUCAAUCCACCCAAAUGGGCAUCUCUACCGAAGAGGUGAAAUCCGAAGAAGAGGGUGUCCAUCCACGAGCGGCGCCGACCAGCCCCGAGAGCGAGGCAGAGGUGGAUGAUUUCGCGCCCAAGAGAAAACAACGCCGCUACAGAACGACCUUUACCAGCUUUCAGCUGGAGGAACUCGAGAAGGCCUUCUCCAGGACACAUUACCCGGACGUGUUUACGAGGGAGGAGCUCGCCCUGAAGAUCGGCCUGACGGAGGCACGGAUACAGGUCUGGUUCCAGAACCGGCGGGCCAAGUGGCGCAAGCAGGAGAAGGUCGGGCCCCAGGCGCAUCCCUACACUCCGUAUCCACCACCGUCGGCGGUCGUGGCGCCGACCCUGCCGAACCCCUUCGCCCACCUGGUCAACUUUCCGCACAGGAAGCCCUUCGACGCCUUUCGCUACCCGCCGUUGGGUCACGCUGGCCCGGUCCUCCCCGGUAGUUACGCCGCACAUCCCUAUCAUCGAGCCCCGCCGCCGCUGCUGCCGCCCGGCAUGCCCCUGUCGUACACGUCCGCCGCUUCCUUCCAAAGCCUGCUAGCGAUAUCGGCAGCACAACGACCCAAAUUAGUGCGCAACUCGCCACCCCCGCUGCCCACGCCAGCCCACAUCACUCUGUCGCAUCCCUCGGUAGCGCCGCCGCCCCCGCCACCACCGACGGCCACGUCGCCGCAGAGCUCGCCUACGGGCAGCGUGGGACUGCCAGACAUCGACAGAAGAACCAACAGCAUCGCCUCCCUCAGACUCAAGGCCCGCGAGUACGAGCUGCAUCUGGAGAUGCUGCGUUCGAAGAACGGCGACCUCAUAAGUUGAAACGCCGCCGAAUACCGAAUGCCGCCGGAUGCGGAAGCUGCUAUGCGCGAAUCUGUCUUGGAUCGACUCGGGAUUCUGGAUCGAUGGAUUAUAAAACAGGACGAGUUCUCCACGGAGAAUAGCGGCAAGUUAAGAGGGUAAAUUCAAUAUUAUGUGUGGCUCUUAGAGACAUUUAAAUCAGAAUUUGCCUAAUGUAACGCACAAUGUGGACAAAAUAUGCAAACAAAAAAACUGUCAUUGAAGUGCUGUUAAUAGGUCUGUUAUCGAUAAUCGCGAUAAACUUAGAAGAAUGUACGAUCGAAAUUUCGUGACAAAUAAAAGCUAGAUAAGUAAUGAAUUGUAUGUAUCAAAUGUAUCGGACGUGUUUGUCAAUCGGAAAAGAUCUUUAGUAUCAAAAAAUGGAAUAGAGAAAGAUGGAUUUUCAUUUUUCUAUCAGAGAGUCUACCGUUAAAUUCACGAUAUGAUUUUAAUAUACUUUUAAUAUAUUUUCCAUACUGUGAAAAUAUUCUGCAAAAAAUGACGGUUCAACGAAAUU